CACGUUUAUGGUAGACCUCUUACGUCACUGUUCCUAGCAGACAAGCAAAAUUUCCUGGCUAGCAAAAGAUCUCAGCGCUCAACGCCAUAAACCAACAGGCAGAAGGAGCAGAAAGCUCUCAAAGGAUAUAAUGGGACGUCACUUUGGAAAUCUCGCCAGAGUUCGGCAUGUGAUCACCUACAGCAUCUCCCCGUUUGAACAGAAGGCAUUCCCCAACUUCUUCUCCAAGGGUGUCCCCAAUGUCUGGAGACGUUUCAGAGCAUCAGUUUUCAAAUGGGCACCACCCAUGACGGUGAUGUACCUGACAUACACAUGGGGGAAUGGCGUGCACGCGGCAGGCAAGAGGAAGGUCCUGUCUGAUUACGAGCCCGCCGCUGGGGCUGAGGCUGAGGCCGAGGAGGAAGAGUGAAGAGUGAAGCCAAUCCACAUGUCUCCCGGGGAGCCCUGUCUGUUUUAAGUUGUCUCAUUCUUUUCCUGUCUUUAAAAACAAUAAAAUAUUUAUGAAAAAUUGA